AUCCUCCGUCUCGUGUGAUGAUCUACCCCAGAGAUGAUAUAGAGCCAGGACAGAAGAACAUCCUGAUCUGUCACGUCUCUGGGUUCUAUCCUGCUCCUGUUAGAGUCCAGUGGACCAGGAACGGACUGAAUGUGACUGGAGAGUCCAGCAUCAAUGUUCCUUUCCCCAACAACGAUGGGUACUUCACUCAGAUCUCCAGACUGGACUUUGUCCCACAGCUGGGAGACAUCUACAGCUGCUCAGUGGAACAUGUGGCCCUGCAGGAACCACAGACCAGGAUCUGGGAUGUUGAGGACGAUGCACCUCAGCCCAGUCUUGGACCCUCAGUCUUCUGUGGAGUGGGUCUGACAGUUGGCCUUCUUGGUGUGGCUGCUGGAACCUUCUUCCUCAUCAAAGGAAAUGAGUGCAGAUGAUUGGCUGCAGAUGAUGUCAUUGAUCACUGUUAAAAUGUUGUUUUUAAAACUGUUUUGAUUUUCUUCCUUUUAU